GAAAAAUCGCGAAGUAGAGCCAUGGCUCAGAUACUGGAAAGCUGAAGAUACGGGGAAUCGAGCAGACUCGCCCGGAGUAACGCACCUGGAGUAGCUGCUGAUCACCGGGAGAGACGCGGAAUCCGUCCUGGAUCCACAAGCAUACGCCUCUACUACGCAGUUCUUCUGUCCCCUCAUGGUCUAUUUCCUUCCUUUUCUUUCUGGCGACAACGACUAAAUACUGGGGCGGGGCUGUGUCCGAGACGUUCGUGCGUCGCCGUCUGUCACGUCCGGAUAUCCACGCCGCUGACGCGCGUUCUGCCCUUGAUUUUCCACUAGGCCUUCUCGGUUUGUCAGUCGAAUCUGCCCUUUGUUUGCCCACUCGUCUGCCUCGAAGACGGCUCGGUCGUUCCUCGUAGAGGGUUAGGUCAACUGACGAACAUUCUCCUCCGCAGUGCCUCUUCGGCAUUGCGCGUGACUGGCCGCGCAGUUAUUGCCCCUUCUGGGCAAGUUUAAUUUUAUAUUCGCCUUCACCCCUUCCCUCUUCUGGCAUUCAAACCCCCCUCUUCGAAACUAUGAAACUCCGUUACUGAGAGAGGGAGAGGAGCGCGAGUUUUUUCUCUGGAAGGGAUGGGAGUGUGCCUGGGAGUUUCCUCCCCUCAGGAAGUGCCAGAGCUGGAAGAAGCUUUGAAACUCUCCAUUUCUCGUUACCUCUGUCCACAGAUCCCCCAUAAAAGUAUUUGUUAUAUCUGGUUGCACUGUUGAUGCCGGUAUUUUUAGUUUCUCCAGACUGUCGUUUCACACGAUCAAACGAACUCCUUUUCCUGUAUUUAGUCAAUCGACGAAGGCAGCCCUCGCGUGUACAGCCGCUGUCGACACCCGCCAUUCAUGUUUUUGCUCCAUUCUUUCGAAAACUGGCGCCAUAAAUCUGGUGUUCGUGUGUGCCUUUUCCACUACACUUUUCUGUCGGUUGUGUUGGCCACAUCACUCCGGAAAGAGAGGAGAACUGCAGCGGACACUUGAAACAAGGAGGAGGCCUCUUUUUCCACAGCGAAGGCUGCGACUGCUUCUUCACUGUAGCCCAGGUCCUGCCUGCGAGUCUGUUCCUCUUUGUGUUUUUUCUCGUUUUUUGUUCCGUUUUUCUUCGGUUUGCUGAGAGACCUUGAGAGGCCAGAAGAAGGUUCUUUCCGUGUCCCUCUCCGUGCCUACUCUUCGCCUGUGGAGAGCCUCGAGAAGAGCCUUUCGAUGUCUCGCCCCACGUACACGUUUGUCACGCUUUCUCCCAGCGCCGUCUCCUCCGACGUUCUUUCUUCUCUCCCUGGCGCUGAUUCUCCGUCGCUUUCGGGAGCAGCCACUUCGCCCACGUCAUCCGCUCUGAUCUUUUCCAGAUUUUCCACACAAAUCGAAGGUCCAAGUAGCAUAGCGGAUGCCACGCGACCCUCAGCGGUUACUAUCAGAGUCGGGCGGAGGCCUUCGCCCCUUUCGGGCUCCACGGGCGCCGUCGCGCCUCCUGUCUCCGAGUCUGCAGCGCUGAUCGGCAGAGCCGUCGACGAUGGAGGAGAACGCGUUAAAACGUGGUGUGGGGAUGUCUCAUCUCCUCUCGCUUCCUCGUCCCAGGAGUGCUGUUCAGCGAGGCUGACGACGACAGGCGUUACGGAAGAAAGAGCGCAGUCGCGUGGCGAACAAUGGCGAAAAGAGAAAGACUAUGGGUGCACUGAGAAUGUGAAACAGUCAAGUGUUCCAGGUUCCCUUCCCAAAUCAAGUCAUGAAACCGAUCAAGACGCAAAGUCCGUCGCCUUGUCUCUGCAGAAGUCUGCUCCGCAGACACGAGCCACAGUUCCUCCAGCCCCACAGAACCUGUCAGCUUCUUCACAGCAAUCUCCUCGACUGUCGGGUUGCCUUUUUCGGUCUCAAGCGGCAUCAACAACCGCACCUCCAAGACAGGCUGGGAGUCUCGCCUCUGACAACGCGUCUUUAGAUUCUUUUUUCCCUCCACCCUCCACCCACACGUCCGCUUCUGGGCCCCCUCAGAAGAAGCCUCUCUCUUCCCUUGUGAAGCCUCUGACGAGUUCGCCACCUUCCUGCCUAGAAUCAGAGCGUGUCUCCUCUUCUUCUCGCCGCAGGGCUGCGGCCCCGCUCGCUGCGGCGCCCACCUUCUCGCCUGUUUGUCUCCCCGCGCCCGCUUUUUCGCCCCCGAUCGAGACCCGGCGCUUGUCAGUGCCGGAGUUCGACGGCCGGGAGCUCCCGGCUCUCGCUCAAGAAGAUGCGGCGAUGAUGCUGAGGGACUUUGCAGCUCUGCUGCAGCGAUUGGAAUGUCUCGGGCGCGAGGGGAGCAAGGGGCCCGAGCGGCCGCUCACCAGCGGAGGCAGAGUCGAGGCGACGUUUGUGGAAACCCUGGAAUGCGAGGGGCGGCAGUCGCUUCGCGAGGCGACUGCGUGGAGGCGGCGGCUGCAGGAGCAAGCGAUCAUGUGUGCGUCGAUGCAUGCGCGCCUGGAGUAUCUUUUUACAGAAGAAAAACGGCAUGUGAAGGAGACCGAGGGCGUGGGAACUGGUGACAAGACACAUGGAGAAGCGGACACGGGAGAUGCAACCCGGGACCGUCCUCAGGAUGGCUGUUCCCAGUUUCCUGAGGUGCAUACGAACUCGUCAGAUUCCGCCUUGUGUAGGGGAAAACACGGGGUUUGUCCGGAAACCGAGCAGGCGGCGCGUUCCUCGCGCGGAGCGUCGGGUAGAGGAAAACUUAGGUCGUGCGACCGAGGUGGACAUACAGACGUCGAAGGACGAGAGAGAAACGCCCAUGUGCCGGGGGCGGCCAAGACGUCAGGAGAGAGGUCAACAGUCGCCGAGAGCAACAGGAGUCGCCUGCAUUUGUCAAAGUUACGUCAGGACUUUUCUCGUCUUCAGCACCAGUACGAACGGCUGCUGCUGCUUCUCGAUGCCCAGGUCCUGCCGUUUUCUAGCCGAGAAUCAGCAGCGUUUCGAGAGGCCGAGGAGAGAAUGGACCCUGCAGCUACCCCAAGCGCGAGAGAAGCGAACACGACGGACGGUGACAGACACGAUCUUCUGCAGCUUCUCGAUUUCAGUCACUUCGCUGGAGAAUGUGACGAUAGGGCAUCGAGAAGGUUCGCCCGAACCCGGAGUGAGGAACGCCCGUCGGCGGUCGCUGCCUCGGGUUUUUCGCAAGGAUCUGCACGUCUCCUAGGCCACGGAGGUACGGGAUCGCUCUCAGGCAGGCCCUCAACUCUCCGCCAAAGGACCGCAGACGCGAAGGCUUCUUCCCCGUCUUUUUUUGCAUCUUCUCUCCCGCUCUCUCUUCCACCGUAUCCCGUUCCCCCGCCUCCACAUCCUCUGUUCGCCGAGGUGACCGAGGACGUUCUCCUGCCUCCUCUUCGCUGCGGCCCCUCACGCGCCGGGCCCUCACGGCCCGCCACGGGCUGUGGCGAAGGCGCGGCUGCGAGCUCGGAGGGUGCGUCUCCAAGUGUCUCCUUCGUGCCGUCAUCGGCCUCUUUGUGGCGCCCAACGAGCCUGCAAGAAGUUGACGAGCACCUGGAAGAGACGCAGCGAGAAGAGCAACUCGAACAGCUGCGCCACCUCGAGCAGUGCGUCCACGUUCUGCACGAACUCCAUUUGAAUCUUGCGGGAGACGUCGCCGCAGCUGAGGAGCCGAUUUUGACUGCAGUCGACGAAACAGAGAAUGCGUGCGGCCAGGUCGCGCAGGCCAAUCGCGAGCUCGUCGACGCCAGUCUCCGCCGGAGUCGAUGGUGGGGCCUGCAGGGCGGGGGCGCUGCUGCCGCCGCCGGCGUCGUUGUGGGAGCCGCCGCCGCCGGACCUGCUGGUGCCCUGGCGGGCGCGGUCAUAGGCGCCGUCUUGGGCGCGGGCUCCGGGGGGGCGCUCCGGCGACAGCACCGCAAGAAAAUUAAGAAGAUCGGCGAGAGACUCGAGCGACGGCGACGCCGGCCGCCCCUCCAGGCCCGCGGGGCCCGAAAUGGAGCCUUGGUGGAGGAAGACGACGCGGUCGAGGAGACACCGGAGAGGGAAGACAGGGAAGGAGAGGGCGAGAGGAAAGAACGCGGAGAGAGACACCGAGGCCAGGAUUCAGUGAGACUCGAACGAAAACUUGGAAGACAAGGAAGAAAAGCAAGGAUACGAGAAAGAAGAGCAGAGAUCCCGGAAAAAAGAGAACGAACUCGAGGCGCAGUGCCCUGGAUACCCUCAGUUGCUGCAUUCGGUGUCGCCGCUCCUCGGCUGGACCGCGUAGCGGCUCCUACCGCUCUUCAUGGGUCUUUGCAGUCGCUUUCGGGGUUAUUCAGCGCUGGGUCGACGACGCACGCAAGCGAGGCACAGCUAGCUGACCACGCCGACCAUCUUUCGGUGCAUUUUGGGACGAGCCGGGGGUCUCUUGCUCACUCUUCCUCUUCCGCUUCUUCGGCUUAUUUUGCAAGGUCGACUCUCUCUUCACGGGCGCUAUGGGGCGGCAGCUCGCGGGUCGAAGACCCGCCGUCGAUACUGCCAGACUCUAAUGUCUCUGAAAAACAAUGUGCGCCGGAAACGGCAAGUUUGUCUUUCUCGUUUCCUUUCUCGAGUGGAGGCGCGUCAGCAUUUCCACCUUCAUCCAGCGUCCAGCGGCGCGAGGCGCGGGGACAAGAAAGGAGAAGAGAAAGGAGCGAAGAAGCCACCUUGAGCGUUUCUUCUCGUGUCCUGUCUUCGCAAAGAGACAGUGCCGGACGGCGAGGAACGGAGGGAUUUGACUGCCAUGCGAGACAGCAAGGUCUCUUGAGAGACCCAGAGCGGAGUACAGGAGCAGCGAAGAGAGACGGAGUGCAAGAGCCGCAGCCGGAGGGGACACACGAAAGAGAGAGACACCGUGGUAUCAGGGAGCUGGUAGAACAGUCGAGAAGGGAAGGAGAUGCUGAGAGACAGAGCGUCAAGGGGCGCCUUUCGCGGGUUCCGCGUUCUUCGGGCCUCCCGCGGGUCAGCUGGAUCUUGCGCUCUUCAGGAGCUGGACUGUGGGGGGCUCCGCCGGCCUCGGCUAGGGUCGCGGGGCCAAAGGAGACAGGUUGAAGCGACUCCAUUUAUACAGUCCUCGAGUCAUGUGGAUUAGAAGACACACGGAUACGAAUAAGGCUCUCGGUUUCUUGGACGCAGUUGAGAUUUGCGUCUAGAUCUACAUACAGGUUGGCUUUCGUAUGUGCGAGACGAUUUUGUGAAGAGGGCAACCAGAGUGGUAGCUGGUCGUGAGGCACUUGCACACAGAUCACGAAUAGGAUACAUAGGUCUGUCGGCAAGGAUGGUGGCUUUUUGACGAGGGGUAUUUAGCUCUUGCAUGCUGUCUGGUUGCACAAGCCGCGACAAUGAAGGUGUUCAGAGACGUGGGUGCAGACACGCCUCGAACCGCAAACUUGCUUCCAUGUUUAAACCCUAGGGAAGUCUCCCAAGCUCGACUUCUGUUUUCGAUGGAAAAUGUAAAAUGCUCAACGAGAACAGCUCUUUUACGAGAGAUUGUAGUAGACACGAAAGUGGUCUUUGCAAUGUGCCGCGCACUGCGGUGACUUUCUUUCUCUUUGGAACUCCAUUUCGCUUCUUUUCUUACUUUGUAAAGAGGGAUAGACUCACACUGACGGGGUCUCGACGCUGUUUCGUCGUCUUGCUGUAGGGCUGCUGCCCGCCGUUGCAAGGCGGAGGUAGAGACGUUUGAGUGGAAAAGUUCUUUUUCCUCUCGUUAUUUCCUUGCUUUCCGAAGAUGCCACUCGAACCUUGUCAGAUGAACCUUUCCGGCUUCUGCUUUUUCACCAGGUUCGCCGUUUUCACCCGCUUUCAGUACCCCAAAUUGUGUCUCCUCACUCUGGCUCUGUCUCUUCUUGCGUGGUUUUCUUCACUCUCAGAUCUGUCUUUUCCUCUGUCCUUCGGCUUGUCCAACACAUCCGCUUGUUUAGGAAAUGUUUUAGAACUAGUACGAGACGCGCGAAUUUGGGAAAGGGAAGCGAAAGGAAAUCGUGUAGUUUCACCCCUGUGUCUGUGACUGAAUGACGUAUACGCAUAUGGAGCGACCGUCCCUGACUCUGCAUCACGUCGAAAUGAGAAAAAAUCGAUAUUCACUACGAGGCAACUUGAAUUGCACUCGCCCAUGCCAACGAGGAAACGGGGAGGCAUCCGACCA